GUGCAGCCGCCGGAACGGCCUCACCUUGACUUCGGUGGUUCAACCAUGGCGUUGGAACCAUUACUUUCAACACCACAGCUUUCAUUCAAAACAUGAUGGUUACAUUUGCUGCCAGACCAACAACCCAAGUUGUUGGAAAGAAGAUGCUGAAAACGAAUUCACACAAGACUGAUUCAGGUGCGGGAUAUUCCCACAGGCCCAAUCAACACAAUACAGUAAAGCUGAGAACUUUUCAGGCUCAGGAAGCGUCGGUGUCCGAUAUUGGCAGCUUUAGCCGGCAGAUGGCAGAAUUAGUCGAAACUGACACAGCUGGACUUUGACUUGGGUGGGAGACCACGCCACAGUAUGUUUUCCACCACUGGAUAUGAGGGCUAACAAGGGAAUCAGUCAUUGCCUGAAGAACCCUUCAGUUGUUCAUCCUAAAACAGCUCACCUUUCUGUGCCUGUUGAUUUAAAGAAAGUGGGUCAAUUUGAACCUUUCUUGUUCCAACCAUACUUUUAUCUGGCAUGAUUCGAAACCAUCUCCACUAAUGAAGACGAAAUUGACGCUGAGUCUGCUACCAAGCAUAGAAUUAGAAAUUCCCAAUGCGGGUAUCCUCUACCUUCAUUCAAGAACCAAGUACUUCAGGAGCUAUUUAAUAAAUAGGGCCAAACCUUGUAUGUUUCGCCUAAUGCUCAAGGCGAAAAUUCCUUUUUUUGAGAAAUAAUUAUGUUGAAAAGGUUCCUGAGACUACCAAAAGAGUUUCAGGUUUCCUGGAAGCAGCGAUAAUGGGAGGAAUAAGUGGAUUCAGCUAAAUCUAUAAAACUUUAUGUUAAACAUUAAGAAGAUUCUAAGAUCUCCUACAUGAAUUCUCAAUUCUACUUGCCAAGUGUAGAGAUAAACAUAUGCAGCAAUUCUUAUCACCGUAGUUUAUACUGAGACAUUACUGAAAUCCCUACUUUGGGCUCACUGAAGAGGCACCAGAAUAAAUGAUAUUUCCUGGCCUUCCUUGCAACCAGUUACAUCUGUAGGGUUAAGUUCUGGGCAGCAUGACUUGAAGUUAAGAGUACAAAAUUGGAAAUGGCUUCUCCAGAACCUAAGGGCCUUGUGCCUUUUACCAGAGAGUCUCUUGAACUUAUUAAGCAGUGUAUUGCUAAAAAACACAGUGAGGACCAUGAAGAAGAUUUAAAGCCAAAUAUUGACUUGGAAGUUGGAAAAGAGCUUCCAUUUGUUUAUGGAAAUCUUCCUCAAGGAAUGGUAUCAGAGCCCUUGGAAGAUGUGGACCCAUACUACAAGAAUAAAAAGAUUUUCAUGGUCUUAAAUAAAAAGAGAACAAUCUUCAGAUUUGAUGCCACCUGGUGCACAUUGUCUCCUUUCAGCUCAAUUAGAGGAACAACUAUUAAGAUUUUGGUCCAUCCUUUUUUCCAACUGUUAAUUUUAAUUAGUGUCCUGAUUGAUUGCAUAUUUAUGUCCAUGACUAACUUGCCAGAAUGGGCUCAUGCAUUACAGACUACUUUACUUGGAAUUUACAUAUUUGAAAUACUUGUGAAACUCAUUGCAAGAGGCAUCUGGGUAGGAUCUUUCUAUUUCUUUGGUGAUCCAUGGAACUGGCUUGAUUUCAUUGUAACCUUAUUUGAGCUUAUAGGAAGAUAUUCACCUCAAAAAUUCCUCAAUAUAUUCAUAAUUGUAAGAAAUUUGAGAAUUUUGAAAAUCAUUCCUUUAAACCAAGGUCUUAAGUCUUAUGUAGGGAUCCUUAUCCAUUGCUUGAAGAAACUUACUGGAGUCAUUCUCCUAACUCUCUUUUCUCUGAGUGUAUUUACUCUAAUUGGGAUGGAAUUCUUCAUUGGCAAACUAAAGCAUAAAUGUUUGCGAUGGCCCCAACAAAACGAAACUGAAAUCCCCUACAACAAAACUGGAAAUCCAUAUUAUAUUCGAGAAACAGGAAACUUUUAUUAUUUGGAUGGAGAAAGAUCUGCUCUUCUUUGUGGCAACGAAACAGAUGCUGGUCAGUGUCCUGAAGGAUAUGUGUGUGUGAAAGCUGGUGCAAAUCCUGAUUGUGGCUACACAAAUUUUGACAGUUUUGGCUGGGCCUUACUGGCCCUAUUUCGAUUAAUGACACAGGAUUUUCCUGAAGCACUUUAUCACCAGAUCCUUUAUGCCUCUGGAAAGGCCUACAUGAUAUUUUUUGUUAUAAUAAGUUUUUGGUUUGCCUUUUAUUUGGCAAGUUUAUACUUGGGCAUAAUUGCUAAGGCUUACGAAGAAGAAAAGCAGACAGCUACUGAAAAUGUGAAGACUAAACUAAAAUAUCAGCAGAAUUUCAAAGAACUUCAAGAGGGAAAUAAAGCAACCGAGACCACACAAAUGGAAAUGAAGAAAAGAUCUCCAACUUCUAUGAUCACUUCUUUGGAUAUGAUGGAUGAUGCUACCAUCAGAUAUGAGGAAGAAUUUAAAAAAUCCAGGAAGAGAUGCCCAUUGUGUUGGCAUAAAUUUGCUAAAACUUUCUUGAUCUGGGACUGUUCUCCCUGUUGGUUGAAAUUGAAAGAAUUUGCCCAUAUGAUUAUAAUGGACCCAUUUACUGAUCUCUUUCUCACCAUAUGCAUUAUUGUAAACAUACAUAUUUUGGCCUUGGAACAUUAUCCAAUGAGUGAAGAAACAAGCUGUGUUCUCAGCAUUGGAAACCUGGUGUUUAUUGGGAUUUUCACAACAGAAAUGAUUUUAAAAAUCAUUGCCAUGCAUCCAUAUGGGUAUUUUCAAGUAGGCUGGAACAUUUUUGAUAGCCUAAUUGUGUUCCAUGGCUUAAUUGAACUUUACCUAGCAAAUGUUUCUGGAUUAGCUAUUUUUCGAACAUUCAGACUGUUGAGAAUUUUCAAGUUGGGAAAAUACUGGCCAACAUUUAAGAUUCUGAUGCUGACUAUUAGUAAAUCAUUGGCGACACUGAAAGACUUGGUCCUGCUCUUGUUCAUCUUCACAUUCUUUUCUGCUGUGAUUGGUCAGAAACUACUUGGGUUUUAUUACCAAAAAAAUGUCUGCAAUAUAAGCGAAGACUGUCUACUUCCUCGCUGGCACAUGGUUGAUUUCUUCCACUCCUACCUGAUUGUGUUCCGGAUCCUCUGUGGAGAGUGGAUAGAGACUUUAUGGGAUUGCUUUAAGGUAGCAGGCCAGUUCAGUUGUGUUCCUUUCUACAUGAUGGUCAUUUUAAUUGGAAACUUACUGAUACUUUACCUGUUUCUGGCAUUGGUGAGCUCAUUUAGUUCAUGCACGGCUGAAGCAACUGAAGAAAAUGAUGAAUCAAAAAAUCUCAAACGUGCAAUGGCAAGAAUUAAGAAAGGAAUAAACUACGUGCUUUCUAAAAUAUUAUGCAGAAAACAAAAUGCUUUAAAUGAAACCAUGGGCAAUGCAAAAGACAAACAAGUUAAAGAAAAUAUUUCUGAUCAUACGCUUUCUGAAUUGAGCAAUACCCAAGACCUCUUCAAAGAUAAGGAAAGAAGUGGUGGCACAGAGAAAAAUACAAUGACUGAAAAUGAGAGCCUCUCACUAAUGCCCAGUCCUAGUGUCUCAGAAACUGUGCCAAUUGCUUCAGGAGAAUCUGAUAUAGAAAAUCUGGAUAAUAAAGAAAUUCAGAGCAAGUCAGGUGAUGGAAGCAGCAAAGAGAAGGUUAAGCAAUCUAGCUCAUCUGAAUGCAGUACAGUUGAUAUUGUUAUCUCUGAGGAAGAAGAAAUGGUCUAUGAACAUGAAAAGUCAAAGCAUUUUAAAAAAGGUUACAGGCAAAGAUCUUCACUGGGCCAAAUCAGUAGAGAAUCCAAGAAGGGGAAAAUUUGGCAGAACAUAAGAAAAACCUGCUGCAAGAUAGUAGAAAACAGUUUUUUUAAGUGCUUCAUUGGCCUUGUCACUCUGGUUAGCACAGGUGCUCUGGCUUUUGAAGAUAUAUAUAUUGAUCAGAGAAAGACUAUUAAAAUCUUAUUAGAAUAUGCUGACAUGAUCUUCACAUACAUCUUCAUUCUGGAAAUGCUUCUGAAGUGGAUGGCAUAUGGUUUUAAAGCCUAUUUCAAAAAUGGAUGGUACAGGCUAGACUUCAUGGUUGUUAUUGUUUUUUGUCUUAGCUUAAUAGGCAAAUCACGGGAAGGACUAAAACCACUUACUUUCUUUAAAUUUCUUCGGGCUCUCAGAGUUCUAUCUCAAUUUGAAAGAAUGAAGGUGGUUGUGAGAGCUUUGCUAAAAACAACUUUACCUACUUUGAAUGUGUUUCUCGUCUGCCUGAUGAUCUGGCUGACUUUUAGCAUCAUGGGAGUAUACUUAUUUGCUGGCACUUUCUAUAGCUGCAUUGACACAACAAGUAGAGAAAUACUUUCUGUAACCCAAGUCAUGAAUAAGAGUGAAUGUGAAAAUCUUGUAGCAGCUAAUAAAUCCAUCAAAUGGGAGAACACAAUAAUGAAUUUUGAUAAUGUUGGCAACAGUUUCCUUUCAUUGCUUCAAGUAGCAACAUUUAAUGGAUGGAUGGAUAUUAUGUAUGCAGCAGUUGAUUCUGUUGGUAUAAGCAGGCAACCUCGUUUUGAAGAUAACAGCUACAUGUAUUGUUACUUUAUCAACUUCAUUAUCAUUGGAUUAUUUCUCCCUUUGAGCAUGCUGAUUGGUGCUAUCGUUUCUAAUUUUAACAAGCAUAAAAUAAAGCAAGGAGGCUCAAAUUUCUUUAUAACAGCACAACAGAAGAAACAAUACCGUGCACUGAAGAGACUAAUGUAUGAGGACUCUCAAAAACCAGUACCUCGCCCAAGAAACAAGUUCCAAGGAUUGAUCUAUGAUUUGGUAACAAGUCAAGUUUUUAAUAUCAUCGUUAUGAUUCUUAUCUGUUGUCAAGCAAUACCCAUUAUGCUACAAAGUGACGAACAGAGUUCAAACAUGGACAUUGCUCUCUACUGGUUUAACUUAAUCUUAGUUAUACUAUACACUGGAGAAUGUGUACUGAAGCUCAUCGCUUUCCGCUGUUACUAUUUCACCAUCGGAUGGAACGUUUUUGAUUUUAUGGUAGUCAUUUUCUCUAUUACAGGAAUAUUUCUGCCAAUGAUGGUAGGAUCCUACCUUGUGCCUCCUUUCCUUAUGCAAGUGAUACGUCUCUUAAGGAUCAUCCACAUCCUACGUCCUGGGAAAGGACCAAAGGUGUUCCAUGAUCUGAUGCUCCCUUUGAUGCUGUCCCUUCCAGCAUUGUUGAAUAUCAGCUUGCUCAUCUUUCUGAUCAUGUUUGUCUAUGCUAUCUGUGGAAUGUACAAUUUUGCCUAUGUUAAAAAGGAAGCUGGAAUUAACGAUGUGUCCAACUUUGAAACCUUUGGCAGUAGUUUACUAUGUCUUUUCCAAGUUACAAUAUUUGCAGGUUGGGAUGGGAUGCUCUUAGCAAUUUUCAACAGUAAAUGGUCUGGCUGUGAUCCUAAUAAAAUUAACCCUGGGACUCAGGUUAGAGGAGAUUGUGGUAACCCCUUAGUUGGGAUUAUUUAUUUUGUCAGUUAUAUCCUCAUCUCAUGGAUGAUCAUUGUAAAUAUGUACAUCAUUGUUUUCCUAGAGUUUUUAAAUAUUGCCUCUAAAAAAAAAGCCAAGUCACUGAGUGAAGAUGAUUUUAGGAAAUUCUUUCAGAUAUGGAAGAGGUUUGAUCCUGAUAGGACCCAGUACAUAGAUUCUAGCAAGCUUUCAGAUUUUGCAGCUGCUCUUGAUCCUCCUCUUUUCAUGGCAAAACCAAACAAGGGCCAACUCCUUGCCAUGGAUCUUCCUAUGGCUGUUGGAGACAGGAUUCACUGCCUUGAUAUCUUACUUGCUUUUACAAAGCGAGUUAUGGGUAAAGAUGGUAGGAUGGAGAAAGUCCUUUCAGAAAUAGAAUCUGGGUUUGUGUUAGCCAACCCUUUUAAGAUCACAUACGAACCAAUUACAACUACUUUGAAGCGAAAACAAGAGGCAGUCUCAGCCACUAUCAUUCAGCGUGCUUAUAAAAAUUAUCGCUUGAGACAGAAUGACAAAAACACAUCAGAUAUUCAUAUAAUAGAUAGUGACAGGGAAGUUCAAACUGCCAAAGAAGAUGCCUAUUUUCAUAAAGUUGAGGAAAAUGCAGCUAUUCGAAGUAAGAUCUAAUCCACUUACCACAUUUCCACUUUCUUCACAUAUCCCAAAAUAUUUAAAGUUUAAAUGACAAAGCAAAGAUCAGAGAAAAUAAAGAUCUCACUUAAUUGUUUAUAACCAAUGGAAGUUUAUAUUUUUAAGAAUCCAUGUCAGAUUUACUUUUUACCCCUGUAUAUUCAAUCUAACCAAGACAAAUUUAGUCCAACCAAGACAAAUCCGUAGUAUCCCUGCACCGAAUCAGAGUAGGCUAAAAUUGCCAGUUUGAUAAUCCAGGGCUUUUCUCUCUGUGGUUUAUAUAGUUUUUGCCUCUUCUUGAGAAUGGGGAGGUGGUGAUAGAGCUUGAAAAAGGGGACUUCCUGACAUAUUUUCUGUCAUCUUUUACUUAAAGGAGUCAAGUCACACUAAUAGGAUGUCAUUACAAAUUAACAAGUACUUUGUUAUUGUGAGAUGAUGUUAAUUAAAAAAAAGUGCAGUACUACAGACCACUCAGUCAUAAACUUGCCAAGACAGAUACCAAUUCGAGGAAGUGAAGGGCACUUCUUAAAAAGGGGCCUCUGAGAUCAGUCACAGAGAUUCUUGGGCUGAUUCAAACCCAAGGUUUGAAAAAGAUAGGAACCCUGUUUUUGUUUUUUCUUGGGGUAUUUUUUUUUUUUUGGUACAGGAAAUUAAUGUCGAUUGCCUUCCUGGCUCCUCUUCUCUUUGACUUGUUUCACAAAAGCUCCAGCUCUUUAACAGGAUCGAUACUUAGAACAAGAAGCAUAAAGGGAACUAUAGCUCUGACUACAUUUUCCUCACUUACGGAUUAAAAAAAGUUUACAUUUACUAAAAUGAUAUUAUAAUACAGAUUGUUUAACUCAAGUUUUACCUUAUUAUAAAAGUUAGUGUAUUUUUACCAAUUAUCCAUAAUUUAACAUUGAGUUCUGGCAAGUGCAUGUCAUGGUAUGAAUUAGAAGAGUCAAGGGCUGCCAUAAUCUCUAGGGUUUUUCCAGUGUCUUGAUCCUUAUUUGGAAAACUGGGCACUUUGAAGUACUUUUCACUAUACUUUAUGGUCCUUUAUAAUUUAGAAAAAGAAAAUUGUCACUCAAACUUGAGGGCUGUGAAUUAAGAAAUAGAAGUGAAGGUUUGGUGGUGAUAUUUUGUUUUUAUAUCUUAAAAAUUAUUUUGUAAAUUGUUUUAUGCUUGAAAAACUUAAAAAUCCUAAACAUUGUCACUAUUGAAAUUAUUUUUAAAAGAUACAAACAAAUUGUUGGGUUUUUACUUAUUCAUAAAAAUUCAGUCACCUAUAUCCUUGUAAUUUGAAAUUCUGAUAUUUAUUCCAUUUGUAUGAAGAUUGAGUUCAAUGUGCCUAAAAGUCCUAAAGGAUUCAAUAAAGAAAACAUGCAUUAUAUACUUCAUUGACAAGCUUUAAAUAUGUUGUACAGCUUUCAAUAUCACUUAAAUAUCAGCAAUUGUAUUUUAUUAUGAAUGCAUGAUCUUAAGCCUUAACAUUAUAAUCUAACAAUUUCUGCUUCUCAGAAAUUUAUUAACCCAACCAAGAUGCCUUUGGGGGAUCCCCCUAAGCACAUGUAAGUUCAGGUUUUGUUUCUUUCUGUGAGUGUUCCUUCCCCUUCUCCUCCCAUUCUCCAUCACAUGAUGAAGACAGGUGGAGGAAGCAGUGUUAACUUGGUGGCAUGGGGACAGCUGGUGCUUUAACAAAGCUUCUCAGUUUUCUAUUACUUGGAAACAUUUUAAUGUAGAGACUGCUUACUAUGCUUAAAUUGAAUAAUAACUUGCUUUUGUAAAUUCUAUGAAAUCUGUGUACUUAUUUUAGUUGAAAAUUAUAGCUUUUACUUGUAAGCCAUGUUUGCCAUUAUCCUUCCAAAAACUGUAAAAAUUAUUUUUAACAAAGCCUUACAAUAUAUUCUACUUUUUAAAUAUUCUAAAAAAUAAUAAAUAUGACCUGUU